UUAUCUUUCGUCCUCCACUAUAUUAGAUUCUUUCGCUGUCCACUCUUGUUGCUAGUUGCUACUCAACUACUACCAACUACAACUACAAGUUUCUCUGCAAAUCCAAUUCUCAAAAUCUAUUACCAAUUAUGGCAAAGCUUGAGCUGCGAGAGCUUGGGAACACAGGUCUUAAGCUAAGUUCUGUUGGAUUUGGUGCAUCUCCAUUAGGAAACGUUUUCGGAAACGUUUCAGAAAAAGAUGCCAUUGAUACAGUUCGUGAAGCUUUGAAUCUCGGCAUCAAUUUCUUCGAUACAUCUCCGUAUUAUGGGGAUACUUUAUCAGAAACAAUGUUAGGGAAAUGCCUUGAAGCAAUUGGAGUUCCAAGAGAUCAAUUUAUUGUGUCCACAAAAUGUGGUCGAUAUGGUUCGGGUUUUGAUUUUAGUGCUGAGAGAGUUACAAAGAGUAUUGAUGAAAGUCUGUCCAGAUUGAAACUUGAUUAUGUUGAUAUUCUUCAAUGCCAUGAUAUUGAAUUUGGGGAUCUUGAUCAGAUCGUGAAUGAGACCAUUCCUGCACUUCAAAAGUUAAAGAAAGAAGGGAAAAUUCGUUUCAUUGGUAUAACUGGACUUCCAAUGGAGGUUUUUAGUUAUGUGCUUGAUAGAGUACCUAUUGGUAGUGUGGAUGUGGUUUUGUCAUACUGUCAUUAUAGCAUCAAUGAUACAGCUCUUGAGGAUAUGCUACCUUACUUUAAGAGCAAGGGAGUUGGAGUGAUUAGCGCUUCCCCUCUUGCAAUGGGACUUUUGACGGAGAGAGGUCCUCCGGAAUGGCAUCCAGCUUCACCAGAACUCAAGUCUGCAUGCAAAGCUGCCGCAGCUCAUUGCAAAGAGAAGGGAAAGAAUAUUUCAAAGCUAUCCCUGCAGUUUAGCUUAUCGAAUAAAGAAAUUUCCUCGGUGUUGGUCGGCAUGAACUCUGUUCAGCAGGUAGUGGAAAAUGUUGAUGCUGCUGUGGAGCUUACAACUGUUUGGAAAGAUGAAGAUACCCUGCUGGAGGUUGAAACCAUUCUACAGCCUGUGAAGAAUCAGAGUUGGCCUAGUGGUAUUCAGAAAAGCUAAACCAACCAGUGUUGAUUAUCAAAAUCACCUUCUAUUUGCUUUUAAUGCACGUAUUUCCUCUUUGAGGUGGCCACUUGAACCUUUCUAUUCAAACUAUUGUACUUGGCUCUGUACUUGUAAAAGAAACUCUUUUCUUUCAUGAUGAGAAAGAGUUGGCACCUAUGAAAUAAGAGCAUUCUCUGUUCAACACAUCAAAGAAAGCAUUUCUUUUAUUUCGGGCAA